UUAUCUUUAGCUUUGGCGGGCCCUCCGUCUUGUACUGGACGCAGGCCUCCAUAGCAAUGGCAUGACUCGCCGAGAAGGACUGGAUCUAUUGGCCAAUUAUGCCUGGGAGACGUCCGAUGUUGCGCGCAAAGAAAUAACUCGAUACCAGUCUGGCCUGGGUCAGGCUAGCGCGUACACGAUUGGUCAGCUGAUGAUUCAGAAGUUAAAGGACUACGCAGAGAUGACGUCCAAGGGAAAAUUUGACCUAAAGGACUUUCAUUACCAGAUUCUCAACCAAGGCUUUGCGCCGAUGAGUUUCCUCGAGAGGCAUAUCCAGCAAUAUGUCGCCUGCAAGUUAGAUGAUAAAUCUCUUGGAUGCGAGCUUAUCUUGCAGCCAUUAGGCGUUGAAGUGACAACGAAGCGAAAAAGCCAUGCCGAGAUCCAACUUUCCUCAAAAUAUUUCAGUUUUUUCAACCGGCCGUAUCCAAGGAGACUUUAUGUUUCAUGAGCUUACAAAAUUUAAGUAUGUUCAGUACUUCUAGUUAGCCAUCAUAGCCAUUCUUCGAGUUUACAAAGGAAAUCCAAUCGAAAAGAAUACGGGGUCAUCAGUAAGUGCUUUCACUGGCAAUACCCCAAAGGAUCAUUAAGUGCAUUUGAAUUUUUUUCUUGAUUUCCAACUUUUUUCAUACAUUUCUCCUAACUGACUUUUAUACGUUGUCAAUUACGUUCGUUAUUUGUAUCCACAGUCAGUACUCCGUUUACCAGUUCAACUAUUUAUCUCGCGUUAAACGAAAAACCUCAAAGUUUUUAACUCUGAGGAGCUUAUUCGUCAAUGAGUAGAGAAUUUCAUCCACUCUCGCUAACAAUCGAAGCCAUUUCGGGUAAUUAUAACUUGCAAGCUGUACUAAACGGAACGCAAAGGAAAUUUUCUUCUGCUUGUUGUGAGUGACGUACCAAUCGGACCGUUUUCAUAUUCUUCUUGGCCUGCUUGCACAUAUUUUCAACAUCGUCCAAGUCAUCAAAGUACUUGUCACAUUGUUUUUUAAGUUCAUAAAAUUGUCUUUGCAAUUUGUCGAUCUGUCUUUCCUUCUCAUCAGAUAGAUAACUUGCUCUUGCCACAAAGCUUUCGCUGAUAACCGAAGCCAUUGCGAGUACUUUUCGCUUACAAAGUUUUCUAGCUUAGCAAAUGUACUAAACGGAACGCAAGGGAAAUUCUCAUCUGCUUGUUGUAAGUGACGUAACAAUCGGACCUUUUUCUAAGCGCGUGCUCUGUAAGUCGAAACGCGUUCGCGUAUUAUCCAGCACAAGGAAUAACAGAAAGAAACAAAGAGGAAAGACCAUCGCUCUUCCUGUCAUAAUAGUCUUUGAGGAAUUUUGUAAGAAGAAAAAUCA